GCUUAGGUAUGCGGCGGCUGCCGAGCGAAGCUCACGUCAGGCCAGCCAUUGACUGUGUUGACCCACGAGUUGUUGCGAUAUGUUAGGCCCUGCGCUGAGCCCGUAAAUCGGAGUUAGCGUCGAAAACUGGCGUUUCGGCUCGGGUGCGUCGCCUCCGCAGCGAGAUACGAGCAUCGGAGAGGCCCGUGGACGCCGAUACGUGCAGUGGAAAAGCACCAAAGCGUGGGAUUACGUCAACAUCCGAGAGGGCGGAGUUGUCGACGAGCUGGGCCAUGGCAGCGCUUGGAUCGUGGAGGGAAGCUUGAAAUCGCGAGCGAAGACUUGGCGAAAUUCGCUUCCCCGUCUUGAGUUUCUAGCCGUGGAUCGCUGAAUUGCGCCCACGUAGCACGGCUGAUCGUCGGUGCCCGCUUGAGCGGUGAUAUGAGUGACUUCAAUGCGGAAAGAGUGUGCCUGGAGCUUGUCAACAAGAUCAUCAUACAAUGCCAGCUUCCCCACCCCCGAAUCGGAAAACUGUCAGCCCUCUCUCCUCAAUUGGUCCUCAUGCUGUUCAAGGCUUGCUGUGGAAUCGAAGUGCCAGGGCUAAUCGAAAACCCGCAGACUCGUGUUGAAGAAGCAGUGAACGUGCAGGCGGCCCUGGACAUACUCGCAAACCGCGUGCUACAGACGUCCCUGCCACACAUUCAAGGCCGCGAUGUUGUCGCACGCGACCCGCAAGUAGUAAUGCAUCUGCUCGAGAUUUUCGCUGGAUGCCUCGACUUGCAGGGAGGUUCCUCAUCGUCAUUGUCGCCAACGCUGUCAUCACCAGACUUGUCACUACCUGGAUCGUCAUCCGAAAGGGCCGCGGGGCGUAACACCUGCCACCGGUGUGGCACCAAGAACGAAGCAGCAAGCCACUCAACACCUCGAGAAUUGUCAUCGACGGACUCCGAGUCGUUCUACAGCGAGGCCUCCUGCUUUCUCUGCGACUAUGUAGCUGCCAGAGAAUGCAGUGCUGCCGAGGCCCUUCGAGCCAGGCUCCGUGCCUAUCCCGAGUGCCCACCACGAAACCGGCCUGCACCCGAUACGCCGUCUCCCACGACAAGCUACACUACGGCGGAAUCUGGCCUGGAUGACGUUGAUGCAAGGAAGUUUUCAGAUGGCAGUGCCACGGAUUACUACCUGCCGAGGACUGCUUUCGAAGGCAGGAAGCAGGGAAGUCCGUACUGGCUUCGUGGCACGCCAAAGCACGAAGACUCGGGGUCGACGGAAUCGGACACCAGCGUGGAGGAGAGGCUGAGAGCAACCCUGGCCGAGCUCAGGCAGCGGUUGGAAGAAGCCGACAAGCUUGCCGGUGACGAGAGGCCACCACGCAAGCGACCACGUCCAGUGAAGAAGUCUGUGCUGCUCUCGCCUUCUGCUCGUGCCAUCAAACGGGCUGGUAGCAGCGGUGCCUCCAGGAAGCGUCUUCGUUCCGAAACUGAGGAUGUCGCAGGAGACGAGUCAUCACCUGACGUCAGCAUGUCUCCGCACGCCGAGCGCGUGCUUCGGCGCUUGCACGAGCAGCACGUGCGGUUUGCCAUCCAGGCGUCCUCGUCGGCUUCAGAUGUGGCUGUCGACGCUGAGCAGCUUCAGCGGAAGUACGAGGAGCUUCGAGAGAGGCACGCACGCAAGAUGGAGCAACUGCAGAGGGACCUGGCACGCUCCCGCCGCCUGAAUGAGCUCGACGCACAAAGGCAGCUACACCAGGCCAUCGAUGCGCUGGAGAAGGACCGGCGGCAACAGGCUGCGCGGCUCAAGCGGCACCACGACGAACGCAGCCGGAUUAUGCGCUCUCGCCGCCUCUCCUAUCAGCACCGCCAGCAGCAGAUGCUACAAGAAGAGUUCAAGGAGAGCAUUCGUGCACGGAAGCAGGACCUCAUCGACAUCAAAGCUGCCGUGCGUGAGCGACAGGUCCGCGAGCAGGACAGGCAUCGUGUGUACCUGGCUUCGCUCGAAAACUUCUACCAGACGCAGCUCUCUCUGCUCACAGAGUCGUUGGCCAAGGAGAAGGUCGAGAUGAAGCAGCGAGCGGCAGCUCAGAGCAGGGUGCUGGAGCGAAUGCGGCGCGACUUCAAGGAGCAGUUAGAAGCCGAGACGCAAAACCUGUACCGGUUAGUGGCCGAGCCGCAGGAAGGCUGGGUGUCCACGAACAAAACUGUGCCAAGCCAGAAGCGAAGCAGACGCGUCUGAGAGUUAUCACUCUAGACAACAAAACCGCACAACUCUUUCAUUUCGUGUCGUGUUUUACUGCCAUGACCACUGCCCUCAUUGAUGCAUUCAUCACUAUCAUUGCCUUACUUUUUCCGCUUCAAAGCAGCCAUAUUGGCAUCAGUUGGGGAAAAAAUUAUUUUAUAUGUGGGCUUUAUGCCUUCUAUUACUUCAACGGACUUAGGCAAAUAAAAGAAUAUUUAUUUUU